GCAAAUGUAGAUGGCCCUUGUUUUUUUUUUUCAGUUUUUGAAGUUUUGGAAGACUGCAGCUUUGGCGGGGAAAAUAGCUUGUUGUUGGAUGCUGUAUUGUUGUAUUUCGACCUGUACCUACGCAUCUUAGUGUUGUUCUUUGGAUUGUGGCAGAAAAUAAUUGCCUUUACGUCCUUUACGUUUCGGAAAUCUUGAGCUCAAGGCCUUGAUUGAGCUGAUACUCUUGAACCAGUCCCUGCCAAAACAGGAGGUGCUCAACGAUGCCAAACGUGCGGCUUGGUCGGCCAGCAGGAAUGUCAGAGGAUGAAUCUGACUCGGACGAUGGCAUGGCGGUGGGCCCUGCACCGCCGCCAAGAACCCGAUCCAGCAAACCGAUGACGAACGGCACACCAGCCAAGGGCGGCUCGUCGUUCCUGACCCACCCCCGGCGCCGGACCGAUUUCACCGCCCCGCCACUUGAGGAUUUCCGCACUGCCAUCGCCCAGGGCAGCCUGGCCGACGUCAAGAUACUCGUCAACCAAGGGAUAUCUGUGAACCAGCUGCUGAAAAACAACUGGCCGGCGCUGCUGUGCGCCUGUGCGGCGUCCACCCCGGCCGUGGUGCAGUACCUGAUCGACCAGGGAGCCGACGUGAACACGCAUAAAGACCUGUACACCCCUCUGAUGGCGGUCUGCUGCUCCACCCACUACUCGGAGGAGGACGCCGAGGUGGUGGUGAAGGCCCUGCUGGCGGCCGGCGCCAGCGCCUCGGCCGCCGACCGGCACCGCUGCACGCCGCUCAUCUACGCCGCCAAGGAGGGUCGCUCGGGCGUGGUGCGCCUGCUGGUGGCGGCCGGCGCCGAGACCGGCAAACAGGACACCAUGGGAUGGACGGCCAUGAUGCACGCGGCCAGCCGCGGCUACGGGCACAUAGUGCGACAUCUGGUGGAGGCAGGCGCCGACAGCGCCACCUAUAACCUGAGCGGACAGACAGCGGCUGACCUGGCGCUGGCCAACGGCUUCCAUGCGAUCGGUGACCUGCUAUCCCGGGCACUGGGAGGACCGGUGACCUCCGAUGACCUCGGAACACUGAUGGAAAAAGAAAAAUCACAGGCGGAAAUAGCGCAAACCAGCGUGUUCGGUGAGCUGGAGAUGGUGCUUUCCGGACUGGAGCUGCAGCACCUGAUCCCACUGUUCCACGCGCACAACGUCAGCUUCGUCACCUUUCUGCGCUUCACCGACGACGACCUCGACCGCAUGAAGAUAGAGAAGGUGGGAGAGCGACGUAAGAUCCUGGACGGAAUCCGAGAGAUCCACCAGCGCGAGUGGGAGCGAUCCAGCCUGCCGACACUGCACUACAACAAGUACCUGACGUGUCCCGACGCCGUGGGUCUGAUGAUGAACGUGUCGCGUCACAUUCGUCUGAUCCACGCCUCGGUGGGAUACCUGCGGGAUCAGAUCCAGGCGCGGCCGCGCAUCCUCGAGCUCGGACAGGACACCGCCGGCGUCACGUCGCUGGCAGACACGACAGCCGAGACGAGCCGCCACCUGCGCGGCCUCUACCAGGAGCUCAAGUUCCUCAGCCUCCACCUGAAAAAGGUGCGCGGCGCCUCCGAUCACGUGCCGGCCGACCUGGUGGUGUCAGCGCCGGCCGCUCGCUGGGCCGGCCGGCUCACCGGCUGGGCGCUAGUCUCCGCCGUGCUGGGCUACCUGGCGGCGCGCCGCUGGCCCCAGCUCGGCGCCAGACUGCUGGCUUCACUCUCUGCCAAACGGGUCGGCUCGGCGGUGACACUGGUCUGAGGUGGUAGGGUUUAACCCCGGGCUCAGGUCUCGGGCAAUAGCGUUGUGUGAGCGCACAGAGAGCUGGUUGGUUGUGACUGACUGUGACAGAGCAGUAGUGAGCUGCGGACGAUGCGCUGUCUUUGGCGUGAUGGUAGGAUCUGCCCGGGCCCAGCGUUGAUAGGAGUAUCUCCUAGACGUAGAUGGGUGUUUCUGUUGCAGUGUCAGCGAGAUAGCUGUUUCCUAGAGUUCCGGAAGGAGUAAAACAGUAUUGUUCACUGCCCCCGAUAGUCACCUCUCAGGAGAGCCAGGUGAAUUGUAUCAGCUGACGGCCGCCAGUUUGUCAGACAGGUCUGGUGGAGAAAUCUGUGCCAUUCUCUGGCUGCAGGACACUGCCGUGUGGUACCCAAACCCUGCUUCAGCCGCCGCUCAGCUAACUGCUGCUUAGUGCCUUUACGUGUCGGUGUUGCGAGCUGGUAGGGUUUUAGCGCGCAGACUUCCUCCUCUCUGGUUUUUCCGUGGUCAGCUCGAGAUUCGGUCGAUCGAGUGAAUCUCGAUCUGACUCCUUUUUCAGCAGUGGGUGUGUGGAUUGCCAACGAGGGCGGGGGCCGUUUGGAGGGGAGAGUGAGGGAGGAGGGCCGGGUGCGUCGGUCGGGCCGGGUGGGGCUCUCUGCCGCCGUCGGUACCGUUACGGCCCGUCGGAGAGCGGCCCGAGGCGCCGGAGGAGCCAGCUGCGCCCUAUCGCCGCCGCCGCCAGCCCGCCCGGCGAGAACAGAUGGGCACAGCAGCGACCGGAGCGCUCAGAGACACUGAAGGAAAUGAAACGACAUCGACGCUCGACUGAACGCGACUGAAAUGAACCGACAGCGACUUUGGCCGAGUUAAACUAACUAAAACUAUAAUGAGGCCAUGGCUCGGCGCCCCUAGGGGGCUCAGUUUCAGCUCGAUCUGACGGAAUGAGAAUCCCUGUAAAGUGUGGGACGGCAGAUGUGUUUCGCGUCCGGUGCUCCCGUGUGAACCCGACUGUAGCGUUGACGCUGCGUAGGACCAGAAUAGCCGUGUUGCUCGCGCUUAGCUCCAGUACAAAGAAACGGGUGGACGCUGCGACUCGCGGACUGUUGGUCGCGUUGGCUGUUUCUCGCUUUCAAAGAGAUGUGACCCAUUAUUGUUGAUGCCGUGCCGUUGCGAGCUUUUUCUAGUGUUAGUUUGUGACAUGUCUGGCAGCCAAGAAUAAACGUUAUUACGUUGUA